AAAUGCAGCUCAGUUACUGUGCAUCUCGCCCGACGGAUUCACUGUUGUGUUUAUCAUCUUUUCGAAUUAUAUUCUUCAGUGAUUAUGUCUCGUUCUCAAUCUCAAUCUCAAUCUCUAUCUAAUUCGACUGAGGAUAUUUUCGAUUCCUCGCUGAAUCUAGAGGAGACUCACUUCAAGGAAUGUUUUGAUGAUGGCUACAAACAGGGCCUAAUCGUUGGCAAGGAGGAGGCCCUUGAUGUUGGCUUGAAACAGGGGUUUGAAGUUGGCCAAGAAAUCGGGUUCUACAGGGGAUGCGUUGACGUAUGGAACUCGGCGAUUCGGAUCGACCCAUCCUCAUUCUCAAAGCGCCUCCAGCAGAGCAUAAAACGGAUGGAGGAGUUGAUUGAGAAAUACCCACUGAUGGAGCCUGAGGAUGAGAGUGUUCAAGAGAGAGUGGACGAAUUGAGGCUGAAAUUUCGGGUUAUUCGUUCGGGUUUGGGUGUGAAGUUGGAGUAUGAGGGAUACCCGAAACCCAAAGACGUUGAGUUUUGAUUUCUGUUGUCGGUCUGUGUAAAGGGAUGGCCUGAAUGUUUUAGGAUUAGCUUGGAAAUUUGCUAAUCAAAUCAAUCCGGUAGCUGAAUUGUGGUUUAGAGCUGGUUUAUUGUUAGAAUAGUUUGUUCUCUCCUCUUUUAUUCUGAAAAUUUAGUUGAAUGCUUCUGUAGUCAUAAUUAAGUAUGUUUUCUUCGUGAUUGAAUUCAGAUGUCUCGUUCUGAGCCUAAAUUCCUU